AGAAGCGAAGCGGCUUGGCGGCAAAACAAAACAGGUCUGAGUGUGAGAGAGAGAGAGAGAGAAAGGAAGAGUGAGAGUGAGGAUCUGGGUUUGCCGCCAUGAAAAUAGCUGUGGAAGGUUGUAUGCAUGGUGACCUCGACAACGUUUACAGAACUCUCCAACAUCUCGAAAGAGUUAACAACACCAAAAUCGAUCUCCUCAUCUGUUGCGGCGAUUUUCAGUCCGUGAGGAAUGAGAAUGAUUUGGAGAGCUUAAAUGUUCCGCCCAAAUACCGGUCCAUGAACUCCUUUUGGAAGUACUAUUCGGGUCAGGAAAUCGCUCCUUAUCCCACCAUUUUCAUCGGUGGGAAUCACGAAGCUUCCAAUUACUUGUGGGAAUUGUACUAUGGAGGAUGGGCUGCACCUAAUAUAUACUUUUUGGGAUUUUCUGGGGUGGUCAAGUUUGGCAAUGUUCGCAUUGGUGGAUUCUCUGGAAUAUAUAAUGCACGAAAUUAUCAUUUGGGGCAUUUUGAGCGGCCUCCAUAUAAUGAGAGCACCAUCAGAUCUAUAUAUCAUGCGCGUGAAUACGACGUCCACAAGCUCAUGCAAGUUCAGGAACCUAUAGAUAUUUUUCUUUCACAUGAUUGGCCUCUUGGCAUCACUGACUGUGGAGACUGGAAGCAACUUGUUCGGUUCAAGCCAUAUUUUGAGAAGGAGAUCCAGGAAAGAACACUUGGAAGUAAACCUGCUGCCGAACUGCUGGAGAAAUUAAAACCACCGUAUUGGUUUUCAGCCCAUUUACAUUGCAAAUUUGCUGCUCGUGUUCAACAUGGGGAAGGUGGUCCAGUGACAAACUUUCUUGCUCUCGACAAAUGCCUUCCUGGGCGUAGAUUUUUACAGAUCAUUGAAAUCGAAUCAGAAGUAGGACCUUAUGAAAUUCAGUACGAUGAAGAAUGGUUAGCCAUAACUCGGAGAUUCAACUCAAUAUUCCCACAGACCAGGCAACGUGUAAAUUUUAGGAAUUUACAUCUUGACAUGCAAGACUGUCGGCAGUGGGUCAGGACUAGGCUACAAGAAAGAGGAGCCAAACCUUUUGAAUUUGCAAGGACAGUUCCAUGUUACGAUCCUUCAAGAUCUGUCUCCAGUAGCUCCUCUCGUGGAUAUACUCGAAAUCCUCAAACAGAGUCUUUCUUGCAGUUUCUAGAUCUUCCCUAUCUCCUUGAUAACAUGUCAGAACCCUUGGAAGUGUCAAAGACGCCAGAUUCACUGAUUCAUAGAGGUUCAGUUGAUGAUAACAGCGAAAACAUCCCCAUCGAUGAUGUUGACGACGACGAGGAUGAGUUGGCAGAAGAUGUGCAAGAUUAGGUGGAAAGCUGAAGAUGGAAAAUGGUGUGAAGCUUCAAUAGUAACGUCUUCCACUUAAAGUAAAUAACAACGUUUGUACAUUCUGGUCCUGAUAUAUUUAUUUUGAAAACAUAAGAUGGGACCAAACAUGGAAGGUGACCUAAACCUAAACAGGCUCUGCAGGGCAACCGCAUUACAGAAGCUGCAUGUGGCAAGUUUCAUGGUAUGCCAUUAUGGAAAGAGAAGUUCCUUUAUAGAAGAGGCAUGGUCAUUAUGGUCAUAUUGGGAUAACCCCUGAUAAUGAUAUAGCUGGGGGACCCCAUUUGAAAGUCUGGUCACUCUACUGUUGACUUGUCCUAGGUCAUUGAACAGUGCCAUUUUAUUUUGUGUACAACUGGCCAAAUCGACCUUGCCGACAUAUUGAAGGAUUUGUAUGUUCUAAAAGAAAAUAAACAGCUACAAAUGAAAGUUAACUGAAUUUUUUUGUACUAGAAAGAACUGUGUUUUUGCUUGAUAAAUUUAGCUGAAAUUGUUGGCUUUA